AUGCCCCUGGGUCAGAGGAGUGAGCUGUGGAAGCUGGAGCAAGACCCUGGACCAGGACCAGGCCAGGGCCUGGAGGAGGCACAGCAGUGCGGGGCUGGAGGGGUGGAGGCCCUACCUCCCUCCUCCGCCUCUGCCUCCUCCCAGUCCACCGUCCCUUCCCUCUCCUGCUCUGCCCUGUCUCUGGGGCCCCCGGAGGAGGGGUCUGCUGCGGGGACCCCGAGUCCUCCCCAGAGCCCUCAGCGGGCCUGCCCCUCGCCCGCGGCCAUGGCAGCCACUGCCUGGAGCCAGCCCGACCAGGGCUCCAGCAGCUCAGAUGAGGAGGGGUCCAGCACCUGGGAGGAGUCCGAAGAAGCCGAGCCUUGGCUCUCAGACGUGCUCCAGGAGAAGACAGCUGACCUGGUGGGGUUCCUGCUCCUCAAGUAUCUCACCAAGGAGCCGACCAGCCAGGCGCAGAUGCUGGCGAUCGUCGGCGAGGGUGAGCAGGACGCCUUCCCCGGGAUCCUGGGCCAGGCGUCGAAGUGCAUGCAGCUGGUGUUCGGCGUGGAGGUGAAGGAAGUGGACCCCAGCGAGCACUCCUACGUCCUGGUCCCCGUCCUGGGCCUCACCUGCGAUGCGAUGCUGAGCAUUGAGCAGGGCGCGCCCAAGACGGGCCUCCUGGUGGUGCUCCUGGGGGCGAUCCUCCUGGAGGGCGACCGUGCCCGCGAGGAGGUGGUGUGGGAAGCGCUGGGGGUCAUGGGGGUGUAUGCCGGCGAGGAGCACAUCAUCUUUGGGGAGCCCCGGGAGCUCCUGACCAAUGUCUGGGUGCAGGAAGGGUACCUGGAGUACCGGCAGGUGCCCGGCAGUGACCCUGCCCGCUACGAGUUCCUGUGGGGUCCCAGGGCCCACGCGGAAACCAGCAGGUUGCAAGUGCUGGAGUAUUUGCUGCGAGUCUAUCCCGGGCUGCCGGUUCCCUCCCCGGCCCCCUCUGAAGAGGCUGUGAGCCAUGAGGAAGAGGGGGCCUGA